AUGCAAUUCUUUACUCUCCGUCUUCGGCCAACGGCCACAAUAGCCACCUUCUUCAUUCUCUUUUCAUGUCUCAUACUCCCAUCUCUGGCAACGCCUUCAACAGACCUCACAAUCCCAGAGGCACCCCCCAAGGACCUUGUCGCCCGGACACUUGUCAGACGCGCCGAGGAGGCCGGCUCGGGCUGCAGCACUGAGGGACAGUGGCACUGCAUGACCAACUCAUUCCAGAGAUGUGCAUCCGGACACUGGUCUGUGGAGAUGGCCAUGUCAGAGGGGACCAAGUGCACACCCGCAGGAUAUACAGACGAUUACAACUUUCAGAUUGAGCGCGACGGGGACGGACACGACGACGACGACGACAACGGUGGGCAAUCCAGCAGCACAAGCGAUGGGGGCCAGAGCGUGGGACCCAAGAGUUCUGUCAGUAAGACAAUGGCGGUGGCUGUUCUUGGGCUCUGGGCGGCUGUGGGCUUUUUUGUCUAG